AUGGAGUGGAUGAGCAGAGUCAUGAGUCCAGAGCAGCGCCUAGGAGGAGAGAGCGAGCUUGCAAGGGUGGUAUGGUGGCAAAGAAGCGUCAACAGAAAAUUGGCAAGCAAAAAAAAUGUACGCAGGUACCGCAUGGUGAGAGGAAUGUUCUACGCGAUCGGCGUAAUGAAAGACGACAUGGACACUUACCUUAGUCGUCUCAUGAAUGAUAAUGUCAACCCUGAUAGCCUCUUUGACGAUGAGUAUUACCUGUUUGCUGGUGAAGGCUCAGAUCCUGAUGACAUGGAGCACGACGAAUUGGAAGACUCAAGUCACAAUACCUAUGUCGACCAUGAUCCAUUGGACUAUGUCUACUCAAACCUCCCAGACCACACACACAUCCUGAAGCACGCCGCAAAUUGCGAUCACUGCGAGGCCAAGAAGUUUGUGUCUGAGGCCCCGGGAUUCUGCUGUCGCAGUGGGCAGAUCCAGCUGAAGCAACCGGAGCCCGUCCCGGAGCUAAUGAGGCUUUGGUCUAGCAUGGAUGCGGACUCAAGGCAUUUUCGGGAGAACAUACGGUUCUUCAACGGCCACUUCUCCUUCACAACCCUCGGCGUCAGCCUUGAUGAAAGCUACACAAACAUGAAGUCUGAGGUGUACACGUUCCGGGCGCACGACACCAUCUACCACAACGUUCAUUCCUUCGGUCCAACAUCACGUCCAGAUCAUCUACAGUUGUACUUCUACGACGACGACCCAGGCCUAACCCAUCGCAAGGCUGCCACCGAGCAAUUAGACCAAGAUGUCAUCAGAAAGUUAGUGGACAUACUCAGGGAAAACCCGUACUCCCAGCAGUUUAGGAGUUUGGGUGCGCACAGGGACAACCUCGACGAUUACAGGAUAGACCUCAACACUGACCAGAGACUAGACCAACGGAAGUAUAAUAGACCUCUGUCAUCUGAGAUCGCUGCAAUUUGGGUGGAGGGCACUGACCUAGCAAAGAGGGGGGAGCUCGGUUGGCACCCGAAACUUCCUAAACGUGAUGUCCCUUGGCCGGUUGUGCAACAACCAAGAGGUAGAGGUGAUGAUGAUGAUGAGGAUGCAGAGGGGAAUAGCAGGUUAUGCGUCUCGCAAUGGGGGGUGGACAUGUACAUCAAGAUUGAGAGUUGUAGGUUGAAAUGGUACAGGAAGAACCAGACAAAGAUCCGUGCCAACCUGUAUAAAGGAGUUGUUGAUGCAAUUACAUCCGGGGAGACCCGGGCAAGCGCUGUUGGAGUAAGGAUAGUGCUACCUGGAACGUACCCAGGUGGCGACCGCGACAUGAAGCGGAGGCAUAUGGAUGCCAUGGCAAUUGUCCAUACCUACGGGAAGCCUGACAUCUUCUUGACCAUGACCUGCAACCCUAACUGGGAAGAGAUAACGAAUGAGUUGUUUCCUGGUCAGACAGCACAAGACCGACCUGAUCUUGUGGCUCGUGUGUUCCAUGGCAAGCUAGAGGCUAUGAAAGAGAUGUUGUUCAAGAAGAAUAUCCUGGGUGUUGUUGUUGCACAUUACGACCGGCUCAUUUCUGCCGAGCUCCCAGACAAGCAAAAGUAUCCUGAACUCCACGCCUUGGUGGUGAAACAUAUGAUGCAUGGACCAUGCGGUGCUCUCAACCCCAAAAAUGUUUGCAUGCAACAGAAUGAGUGCAAGUGGAGAUACCCGUGGUCGUUCAAUGAAAACACGGCACAGGGCAAGGACUCAUACCCUGUUUAUCAUCGUCGAGAUAAUGGUUGGCAGGCUAAGGUUUGCUCCAGCAUAAAGGCCGUCAAAUACCUUUGCAAGUACAUAUACAAGGGCCAUGAUAGGGCUUCUUUCAGCAUCGACCAGCCCGACGCUGAUGGUAACAUUGAUGAGAUCAAAAGAUACGUAGACGCGAGGGUGGCAUUCAAUGAGCAAGCUCACUUGACCGACGUAGUCACCUCUGAGAAAGCUUCCAAAUCCAUGUUGACAGAGUAUUUCAAAGCUAACCAAAACCACCCGUGGGCUAGGAAUAUAUUGUACAAGGAUUUUCCUGGAAGGUUCACACAUGGCAGAAGGACAUCCUAUGAGGACCUGCUCACCGUGGACGGUAGGCUAUGCGGGAGCUUUAGAGAGGCUGCCGAAAGGUUGGGACUCAUCGAGGCAGAUAACACGCUCGACGACUGUCUUACCGAGGCAGAGCAGUGGGUGAUGCCAUGUUCGCUCAGGAGGCUCUUGCAACAAUUUGGGUGCACUUCCAUGGGCAAAGACAUAGCUGAUUUCGCUCUUCCAUGCAUUGACGAUGCGUUCGACCCAACCGAGGGAGAGGCCAGAGAAGUGAUCGAGGAAUCCAACGUCGAUUUUGACAUCAACGACACUAAAUUGGCUUCGUCGCUAAACUUGGAGCAGAGGGCUGCAUACGACGAGGUACUAGCUUCUGUUGAAUGCGGUGAUGGGGGUGUGUUCUUUGUUGAUGGACCGGGAGGUACAGGGAAGACCUUCCUGUACAGGGCGCUGCUCGCCAAGGUUCGAAGCGAGGGAAACACCACUAUCACUACCGCGACGUCAGGCGUCGCCGCUUCUAUCAUGCCUGGAGGCAGGACUGCCCACUCGAGGUUCAAGAUCCCAUUGAGCUGCGACGAUGGCGCCUCAUGCACCUUCACAAAACAGAGUGGUACCGCCAAGCUACUGAGGAUGGCCUCAUUGAUACUAUGGGACGAGGCCACCAUGACUAAGCGACAGGCGGUCGAGGCACUGGACAACAGCAUGCGCGACAUCACGGGAAGACGGGACCGACCCUUUGGAGGAAAAACUGUUGUGUUUGGCGGGGACUUCAGGCAGGUGCUUCUGGUCGUCAGGAGGGGGUCCCGGGGUCAGAUAAUCGAUGCAACCCUUCGAAGUUCACACCUAUGGAAGGGUAUGCGCCAGCUAAGGCUCGUCACCAACACGAGGGCUCAUAAUGACACCUGGUUUGCGGAUUACUUGCUAAGGGUAGGCAAUGGCACUGAGGAAGUUGACGAUCAAGGAAACAUACGACUCCCUGAAGAUAUUUGUGUGCCGUCUACAGGCGAGGGUGACGACCUGGAGAAGCUGAUUGACCAUGUGUUUUCGAGACUAGAUGACAACAUGUCCGAUCCGAAUUACAUGACUUCAUGCGCAAUCCUCUCCACCACGAACGACAACGUCGACAAGAUAAACAUACGCAUGGUAGAGCGUUUUCGGGGAGAAGAAGUAAUCUACCAUAGCUUUGACAGUGCAGAAGACGACCCGUAUGGCUACUACGCUCCCGAGUUCCUAAAUGGAUUGACUCCCAACGGUCUACCUCCGCAUGCACUCAAACUGAAGCUCAACUGCCCCGUCAUACUUCUGAGGAACAUUGAUCUGGCUAAUGGUCUGUGUAACGGGACGAGGCUUGUGGUGCGAGGUUUCGAGAGGAACGCCAUCGACGCAGAAAUCGUGAUCGGACAACACACAGGUAGGAGGGUAUUCCUUCCUCGAAUACCCCUAUGCCCAUCUGACAACGACAUGUUUCCAUUCAAGUUCAAGAGGAAGAAAUUUCCUGUAAGGCUUAGCUUUUCUAUGACGAUUAACAAGGCUCAAGGCCAGACGAUUCCGAUUGUUGGCGUGUACCUACCUAAUCCUGUGUUCUCUCAUGGUCAACUCUAUGUCGCACUGUCUCGAGCCACCGCAAAGAGAAACAUAAAGAUCCUCAUUGAGAAGGAGAAGGAGAAGGAGAAUGCCAAGAAGCAAAGCGGUAAACCUAAGAAGCCGAAGGAGAAGGCCAACAAGCAAAAGGACAAUCCAAAGAAGCGAAAAAGACCGACCGUGUCCUUACUGACGUCGAUGAAGAACAUCGUCUACAAGGAAGUCCUUACAGGCUGA